AUGGCCGAAGAGCGGGUAAUUGUAUCCUGGCGAGAUAAUCCAGCAACUUCCGCGAAAAUGAUGAACAAGCAAAAAUCCACCGAACCGAUCCGACUAAAGCCGAUUCUACUGCCGUCACCACCACAAAUAUCUAAUCAUCAGGCAACGCAAAGCAGCCAUUUGAUGAAAUCCUCAUCACCACGCUAUUGUCCGUACGGAAAACCGGGCACAUCAUCUCCAAUCUCAUUGCCAUCCAUCAAUACCGUACUUCCUCCAACAUCACCGUAUUCGACGCCAAUCUCGCCGGCAUCAAAUUACUGUACUUUCUCGCCCGAAUCCGGCACUGUUACACCAUUAUCGCAACCUUUAUUCAUACAAACUGAUGACUCCUAUUGGUAUGGUAAUUCGACACCGUAUCCUUAUGAUGUGUGUAAAUUCGGUUCUCCACCAAUUAUCUCAAUACCGUAUCCCUAUUCACAAUUACCAAAUGGUCAAGUAUUUUCUUCAUGUUACUAA